AUGAGCAGUUGGAGGGCGCACAAGUGGCCUUGGCUGCACCAACCAACCAAAGUGGAUCCAGAGAGAGAGCAGCCAUGGCCAUGCCCAUGCCCGGCCUCCUCCCCAACCUCCUCCCUCCCUCCAUCGUCUCCCAACGACAGUGGUUAUCUCACCGCCGGCCACCGCCGGCCCACCGCGCCACCACCAGAAUCACAAGCAGCAGCAGCGGCGGCGGCGACGACUCCACCACCACGUCUCCGGCGGCGGUGAAGCUCACCUACCUCGAGUUCAACGGCUGGCUGUGGGAGCUGCCCGGCGGCUUCCGCGUCCUCGUCGACCCCAUCCUCGUCGGCAACCUCGACUUCGGCAUCCCAUGGCUCUUCGACGCCGCCAAGAAGACCCUCCCCAACCCCAACUCCCAGCCAGACGCCGGCCUCCUCGCCGGCGUCGACCUGCUGCUCAUCACCCAGAGCCUCGACGACCACUGCCACCUCCGCACCCUCACCCAGCUCGCCGCCGUCCGCCCGGGCCUCCCCGUCGUCGCCACGCCCAACGCGCGCCCCAUCCUCUCCGCCCUCCCCUUCGCCCACGUCACCUACCUCGAGCCCGGCCAGUCCACCGCCGCCGCCGCCGCAGUCACCGUGCUCGCCACCGCCGGCCCCGUGCUCGGCCCGCCGUGGCAGCGCCCCGAGAACGGCUACAUCGUCACCGCCGCCGCCGGGGGCAGAAGCACCAGCGUCUACUACGAGCCGCACUGCGUGUACGACGCCGGGUUCCUGCGGGGCAGGGCGGCGCGCGCCGACGUGCUCAUCACGCCCGUCGUCAAGCAGCUCCUCCCGGCCGACUUCACCCUCGUCUCCGGGCAGGAGGACGCCGUGGAGCUCGCCAGGCUGCUCCGCCCCGGCUACGUCGUGCCCAUGAGCAACGGCGAGUUCGACGCCAAGGGGAUCCUCGCCGCCCUCGUCUCCACCCGGGGCACCAUCCAGGCCUUCAGGGCCAUGCUCGCCCACGCGCUCCCCGACGCAAAGGUCGUCGAGCCCACCCCCGGCGUCCCGCUCCACCUCCGCUUCGACGACGACGACGACGACAAUUCAUCAACAACAACAUCAUCAUCAUCAUCAUCAUCAUCAUCAUCAUAGAUUAGUUCAAUUCUCCAUUCAUAUUGCAACAAUGAGAUUACUUGUUAGAACAACUCCCGUCAUCCUAGACAUGCUCUAGUAAGUAGAAUGAAUCUAGUUCAAAAAUUCUUAAUAUCAUCAUCAUAUAUGUAAUAAUUAUAAUACAAUCUACUAUUUCUUUUUUAUUUCAA